GCAAGCUACUAGUUCGGUUGUAAUCUAGUCGUAAUCCGGUGUAUGUUCAAAUCUUUAACUUCUGGUAAGGUGCAGUUCGGGACUUAACAUUAAUUUGGGACUUAACAGAAAUGCAUAAAUUUGUCCUUGGGCAGAGAUCCUACAGAUUGCUAACACUUAAAAAUCAUGAUAACGAUAUAGAUUAUCAAAUAGACAUUGGAGGGAAGUGGGAGGCGCAACUGUAACCAAAAUAAUUAGUUGUUACACUCGUUAAGUGUACUUGCUUGAAAAAAGCUAUACAUUUUUUACGUGGGAAUUUGAAAAAAGUUAUAAAAGACUUUAAAAUGGGGAUGGUGAUACUGACAGCCGCAAUACUAGCUGUACUGUGUACACACAACAGCAACAGUAGCUCAGAUCUAGUACAGGACUUCCCACGUCACUGGUGUGGACGUUACCUCGUCUCUGCCUUACAUCAGGCGUGCAAGGGAGUCUACCAACGCUACUUUAGAGCCUUCAGUGUCUCAGAUUACUCAUUGGGUUCGAGAAGACUGCGGCGAGGAGUGAGUGAAGAAUGUUGCUACAAGGGAUGUACCAUUGCUGUGCUCAAGUCCUAUUGUACCUACUAG